AGUCAUGCUGGCUCAAACCGAUUUGGCUCAAGGCCAGUUCGGCCCAGGGCGCGGGAUCUUUCUCUCGGGCUUCCCCCCGGCGACGCCGCAUGGGGUGCCGGCGCAGCGCCUCGGCGCAGCCGCCGACUUCGGACGCGAGGCUUUGGCUCGCGCCGCCCUUGCCGCAGCAGCCACCGCUCGCAGGCCCCGGGCCGCGAGGCCCAGGUGCGCGCGGGAGGCGCGCCGCAUGGGCGCCCCCGCCGGCGACAGAGCCCACGCGCCGGAUCAGGCGCCCUCCGGGGCUCGCGUCUCUUGCGCUCCGUGAGGCGGCUGCGCGGGCUGCGCGCGCGCGGCCGGCGCUGCGCGCCCAGCUUGGCGCGGUGCGCAGGCGCGAGGCCCCCCCGAGCACGCCGCGCGAGAGUACGCCCACGCCGGAGCUAGCCGCCGACAGGGAGCGCGGUCCGCUCGCGGAGGACUCCGCCACCACCCCGUGCGAGGAGGGCUCCGCCACCACCGCGCGGGCGGACGGGCAGGGCCCGAGUCAGGGCUCCGGUGCCGCCGCUGACGUACCCCCACCCCUUCGCCGUGUGAGCGGGGGCGCUCUCUUCGACGGGGACCUCCAAGCCGGCUGCCGUAACCGAGCACCCUGAUGGCCCCCCUUCAUCUUCCUGCCGCCGCACACAUGUUUCUGCCUCCUCUCUCUGUCAUUCCUCGUCCCUUCCGCUCGUGCUCCGUUGUGUGGUUCGGAUGAAGUGUUCAGUGGCUCAGUAGCGACAUGUACGCUGCAGGAGAAUUGUCUUGGACCUUUAGAGCACGAGGUCGCCUGCUACAAGACGACAUAUGCUGCAGCUGCUAUGCGGGCUGGUCGUCACCCAAAGUCGGGCCAUCCUUGAAGUCUUCACUAACUUUUGUACAGUAUAGUCCCGUGCUCCCAAGCCGAGCCGAGUGAAGAACGACAUCUAAUGCGACUGCUCGUGCUGUGCAGUGAUGGGAACGCCCGCUCGCUGUCCUCAUGUUGCUCCGCAAUGGUGGCAAUGCCCGCUGGCUGUCCUUAUGUUUAACUUGCCUGCAGUGGCUUCUUGGCAGGCGCACCCCUGGAUGACCAACUCUGUUUGCCCGGGGCCUGGCUAGCGUGCCAAGUGGACUGCGGUGAGAUUAGGGCGCCAACGAGGCUGCGGAAUUCGGGGCGCACACGCACGCAACUCGCAACUGUUGCAACAUUGGAUGGGCAACAAUCAGCUGGAACAUCAGUUCUAUGCACCGCCGGAACAUCAGUUGCGAGGUGGACCUCUUUGGGAGCAUCACGCUUGUCACUCAUGCUUGCCUUGACAUGUCUCGCUGAGCUGGUCAACGCAGCGUUGUGCGAGCAUGAACUUCCUUUCCUUGGUUGUUGGUAUGUGAUGCCCGCUUACAUGAAUGAUCGGUCGGAUCAUAAGAUUAAAUCGGGCGCGCCCCUCUACAGGAGGAAUGUUCAACAAUUCUAGACGCUUCGGGUGGAAGAGGAAACUCCCUAAACCACCGCCGCCCAGAGGGCCGGUGGGAUUUCAGUGUUCUGUCGACAUCCGCCUGUAGGAGGCAGACAAUGUUACAAUAAGCUGCCUUGGCACAGCUGUUGCAGUUUGCUUCUUCUGGUUCCCCCCUCUUGCGUGCUUCGCGUAUUCUUUUUACUCGGCUCGUGAUGCGAACGGCACGCGAGCAAACUACAGGGGGAUCUCCGCAACAUGUGGGUGGGUGCAGAAAAUGAUCCAGGAGGAGGGCCCAACCGAAUAGUUUCAAAGCCGAAUAGUUUUCAAAACCGACUAGUUUCAGGCUGCAUCUGCUGCUGCGCUGCCGGGCGACCGCCUCGCGCGCGAUGGCUCGGUGAGAGAAUGGCCGGCGAGUCGGCCUGGCACCGAAAGGGCCCAGGCAUUGCUCCAUCAUUUCUCUCGACACCUCUCGAUGGAACCUCGUUCUGCCUCUUCUCUCUCUCUCUCUCUGUCUUUCUGUAUCUCUCUUCCUGGAGUUCCUGCAGCGUGCGAGGGGCAGGAGUCUAGCCGAGUGGGCGGGCUUGGAAGGCCCGUUCCCCGCCCCAGUGCACGGUCAAUCUGUCUUGUCCGACGACUCGGACUGAUGCCGCGGCCAGCUCCAGCGGCCGUCGGUACCAAUUCUUUUCCAAAACUGUGGAGAUCCAGGCCCCGCACGGUUCACGGGAGGGCCCCGCGCGGGGGCGCGCCGAUUUUUCGCGCUGCCAGGCGUGCGAUAUGCGGCAGUUGCUGCUGCGCUGCUGGGCGAUCGCCUCGCGCACGACGGCUCGGUGCGAGAAUGGCCGGCGAGUCGGCCUGGCACUGGAGGGGCCCAGGCACCGCUCCAUCAGGUCUUUCUACACCUCUCGAGAAUCGUGGAACCUUGUCCUGUCUCUUCUCUCUCUCUUCUCUCUCUCUCUCUCUCUCUCUGUUUCUCUCUUACUGGAGUUCCUGCCGCGCGCGAGGGGCACGGGCCUAGCCGAGUGGGCGGGCUUGACAGGCUCGAUCCCGACCCCAGUGCACGGUCAAUGUGUCGUCUUGUCCGACGACUCGGACUGAUAACGCGACAGCUCCAGCGGCCGUCGGUAGCCAAGUUGUUUCCAAAACUGUGGAGUUCCAGGCUCGCGCCGCGGUCGCUUUCUCUCCGCGGGGGAGCGCGGAAUUGCUCUAUUGAUUGGGAUCUCGCCGCCCUGGCGGAGAGAGAGAGAGAGAGAGAG